AUGACCUACCCCCAUAUUGCUGAGCUGCGUGUCGGAAUAAUCCAGCGCUCAGCACAGCUGCCCAAGGAUGUGCAGGAGUCAAGGGAUCAGGAGGCCAGUGAGAUGGCCUCCCACCUGCCCCUAGUGACACCAACUCCAGGUGCAAAGGAUGAGGACCCGACAAUAGCAGAAUCACGUACCAACGGACCUCCACUGAAGGCCCAUUUGGAACAGGAUACCCCAUUUCUGGCCACAGUCCAAAAGGGCUACGGCGAGGACCCGUUAUUUAGGAAGGUCGUUGAAUCCCCAAUGGAAUUCAGCACCUUCAUAAUCCGGGACAAGACCAUAUAUACGAAGAACCGCCAGAAUGAAGAAGUUAUCUGCAUCCCGAGGGUCCUGUACCGUCAUCGAAUGAUGACCGAGAUCAUCAUCGAUAGAGGGCACAUGACAUAG